AUGGGUUUUUAUGGUUACGCUCGUACUGCUGAGCGUGAUCGCUCAUGGCAGUUGUUAAAAGACUUGGGUGACUCAGACUCGCUACCAUGGGUAAUCAUUGGGGAUUUCAACAAGAUUCUAAAUAACGGGGAAAAGAUUGAUGGUCCACCUAGGGCUGAAAGGCAAAUGCGGGGGUUUAGAGAGGCGUUGGGGUACUGUGAUCUACUCGAUCUCCUCUUUCAGGGUUCAAAGGCUACAUGGUGGAAUGCAAAAACUCAUCUGCGUCUAGACCGUGCAGUUUGCACUCCUUCCUGGCUUGAUGUGUUUGGUUAUGCAAAGCUUACUCACCUCCCGCCUAGUGAUUCAGACCAUAUACUGAUUCUUCUUCAGGUUGUUAAAAAGUUAGUUCAUACCCGGAUUGCAUUGGAUAAAUGGCAGAAAAACCCCUUCACACUUAGGCAGCAGCAGAUGUUGGGGGUUCGGGCCAGGUUGGGGGUUCGGGCCAGGUUGGCAGAACUCUUGGAUUCCUUGACUACUACUUCUAUUCAGGAUGAGAAGAGGAUGCUGAUGAACAAACUUGAAACUCUUCUCUCUCAGGAAGAAGCAUUUUGGAGACAAAGAGCCAAGGGUGUUUGGUAUGAGGACGAUGAUGGGGUUGAGCAUAUUGUUACAUCCUACUUUGCAAAGAUGAUCACAGCUUCUUUGGUUGAUAUGGCGGCUAUGAACACUAUUUUGGAAGCUAUUCAACCCAGUGUGACGCCAACAAUGAAUGCUCAACUUCGUGGUGAGUAUACUGAGGAAGAAAUUCAUUGUGCUUUAUUCCAGAUGUAUCCCACAAAAUCGCCUGGUCUAGAUGUCAAUAAUCCUGAAAGCAUGUCAGACUUGAGACCUAUUGCUCUGUGUAACGUCCUUUACAAGAUUUGCUCUAAGGCAAUUGCUAACAGGCUCAAAGUUUUGCUUCCUGAUAUAAUUUCACCAUUUCAAAGUGCUUUUAUGCCUGGUCGGUUGAUCACUGAUAACAUUCUUGUUGCUAAUGAGAUUGCUCAUUUUGUACAUAAUAAGAGGGAAGGAAACGAUGGUCAUAUGGCGUUGAAAUUGGAUUUAAGCAAAGCUUAUGACAGAAUGGAGUGGCUAUUUCGCCGAAAGGUGAUGGAACGUUUUGGAUUCACAAGGAUGUGGAUUGACUUGGUUAUGCAGUUUUUCCUCCUUAUUGCAGCAGAAACAAAGGCUAGGGUAACUCCCAGGGAUUCAGACGAUAGCAUGUUGUAUGCUCAGGCCUCUUUGGAUGUGUGUUAUGAGAUCCAAGAUGUUAUAGAAACAUAUGGCAAAGCCUCAGGUCAAUUAGUGAACUUUGAUAAAAGUUCAAUUAUUUUUGGUAAAAAUGUUCAUGAAGAUUUACAGGGAGAAAUUGCUUCUUAUAUGGGGGUGGAAGUUGUGGAUUCACAUGAGCGGUAUCUAGGUCUCCCAACUUAUGCGGGCCGAAAGAAAAUGGCGACAUUCCAAUAUAUCAAGGAUAACUUGGCCAAGAAGUUAAAGAAUUGGCAGGGGAAGAUGGUUAGUGGUGCAGCGAAACAAGCUUGGAGGAUUGCUAAUGAUCAUGAAUCUUUAAUUGCUAGAGUCUACAAGGCUCGUUACUUUCCUGGGAGCUCGUUUUGGAUGGCUCCUGUUCACAGCGCCCCAUCAUACUCAUGGAGAAGCAUUUUUGCUUCUAGAGAAUUGCUUAAAGCCGGGACUUAUUGGCAGAUUGGUACUGGUGAAUCUGUCAAAGUUUGGUCUGAUAAUUGGGUUUCAGGUAUAUCUGCUUUGGUUCCCAAUAUAGGAUUGCCUCUUGUUAAUGAGAAUAUGACUGUUAAUGAACUGCUACAUGAACCGGGUAGAUGGGAUGAAGGUAAAAUCCGAGCUAUUUUUGCUCAGGAAGGGGCUGAAGCAAUUUUAAACAUUCCUUUGUCUAGGCAAUUAGUUAAUGACAAAGUGGCUUGGCGGUUGGAGAAGAAAGGGGAGUUCUCAGUAAAGACAGCAUAUAGAUAUACUUUCUCCACUUCUUUGGAGAGGCCAGGAAUUUGGAGAAUGUGA